AUGAUCGACCUUUUAUCCUCCUGUAUCGACGGAGAUUUUGAGCUUUCCGGGCUAGUGGGGUCUGAGGAGUCAGUUAUUGUUGAAUAUCUUGAUUCUUUGGAAUUAAUUCCGUUGUUGAAGCGAGAGCGUGCUUCAAUUCUGAAGGAUGUGGUAAAUAAAGCCCUGUCAGAGAGGACUAGUCCCGAGUCAGAUCUGGUCCUGUCCUUGCUCCACCACUUAUCCCAGAUCUCUCCAAUUAACAAAAUAAGGCUGCAUUCCGAAGCAUUAUGUCAAUUGCUGAUAGAUUACUGCGCGAACCAGACACGAGACAGCCGAGACUUGUUGGUGCUGGACUUCUUCGAGUCGAUCUCUGAGCUCGGCCUCAGUUUCCAGCAGACUACAGACCUGUACAAGAAAGCUAUCCAGAACGCCGCCUCAGCCCUUUCAUUUCAAAGGCUAUUCACAAAGCAUCUUGACUCACAUCGCUCGUAUUUAUUUCUACCUACAUCGCAAUACUCGCCCUCGCUCGACGCUCCCAUCAUCAAUUGUACAAUUCAGUUCUGGUUUCAGUACACCCCAACACAUGAACAGCCCUCACCUUCCUCUCUGUUUGUUCUCAAUGGCAAAGAAACGCUUCUCACGUACUCCUUGGAGAACCGGAAAUUUUCGGUCAGCACAUUAACAGACAUUGCAACAUUCGAGGCAUUUGUAUUUGAGCCGCUACAAAAAUACCACGUCGUUUUUGUCCACAAAGAGGAGAAGCGAAGAUCCUACAUCGAUCUUUAUGUCAAUGGUGACUUUGUACAGUCAAUGAAUUUGGCAUACAAAAAAUCCGACCGUGCCACGUCCUUGGAUAUCCAGGGAAUUCACGGGAUGUACUUCGAGCUGAUGAACUUACUGGUUUUGAGCGAGCGUGUCAGCUAUGGUUGGAUUCUUCUGUCUUAUCACCUGGGCCCGCUAUUUGCUGGUACUUACCAGGGCUAUCACCUCGAGCGCUGUCUUUCGGAAAAGUCAAAGCUGGUGAUCAAAUUGAAACUUCAAGAAAGUAUGGACUCCCGGGCAUUGAAAGACAUUAUGAUUAGCCCCAGUUCCAUCUUAGUUGAUAUCAAUGCCAACUCCUCAGCAGAGAUCGAUUCCACCAUUCAUUGGAAACCAAAAUUGCUGCUCAACUCACUGUACUCGAUUGGGGGCAUGGCUGUUUGUUUGCGUUUGUUAGAGACAGCCAAAACGUCUAGCUCCCUCGUCGAAUCUCUCGACUUUCUAUUUGCCCUACUGUCAAAAGACCCACUUUCGAAACAGGAGUUUGAGAUGAACGCCGGCUACAAUAUAGUGGCUACAAUACUGAAAACAAAAAAGUCUCUUUUGAACCUGACGGUCUUAGAUUCUAUUUUGCGUUUCGUUGGAUACAACGAUACGUCCCCGAUAGACUCAAUUCUGGCCAACGCUCUCGCUUACCGAAUCCUCAUAGUCGAUUUCGAGAUAUGGAAGCCGACUUCCAUUGAUCAUGUUGGAGACGCUUCUGUAAGAGAUACGUUCAAAUUUCUCCUGUUCCAAUUCUCUGUCUUCGCUCAUGAUAGUCGCUACCACAGCUACAACAUCCAACAAUUGGUCGACAUGAGAAUAAUCAAACGGUUUGUGCAGGCUAUGAAAUAUGGUUUGUUCGAGGAGGGAGUGCUGCCCUUAUUGCAUGACACGAUCUCAAUACUGGUGAGAAAUAACCCUUCUACGGAAUCAAUCAAGGCACUAUCCUUAUAUGUGAUAUACUCCCUGACAAUCGAGGAUUUGAGAGGUCUACAGAGAAAAUGCGGACUAACUGUUCUGCGAGCCAUUCAAUCUGUGGUAGAAGAUCCCGCAUUAAUGUCGAACGUUCAUGGCUACAAAAUCAUAAUGAAAUCUAUAUCCACGAAGUGGAUACUAUUGCUUCUUGAUAACGACAAUGCGGACGUGGUGAAAAUCAGUUUGAGGCUCUUGAAACGCAUUUUGCUAUUUAGCACCAAGAUUUAUAAGUCAUUUGCUGACGAAACAAGUCUCUUGCUGCUUUUCAAGUUGUUGAAAAAGUGGGACAGCAAUUUUGAAGUGAUGAAUCUAAUCAUGGCUCUAGCUUUCAGAAAGCAGUCUACAUCAGAUCAAAGUGAGGUCGUCAUGCCCGAAUUCCUGGUGUUGGUGAACACGAUACUAUCAGAGUCUGAGUUAGACCCUGGUACCAUUUCAUUGUAUGUGAGAAAAAUUCAGCACCUGCUUGAUUCAAAUAUCUUUUUCAAAAUGGUAGCUUCAAAUCAUAUCCAGUGGCUCCAAACAUUUUUACAUCUUGUUUGUCAAAUCAGAAACAAGCAUGAUAUUUCAGUCAUAGCUCCUUACAAAGACUUUAUUGGAGAAUUAUUCAAGGCCAAGCUGGAAAGAAACGCCAAGAAAACAGAUUCAUUUACAGUGGACGCACUCCACCAGAAGUUCCCUGCGGCUUUCACAUCCACAAUACUUCCAGAGAUUCUGAUACGCCUCAACGAGCUUGAUCCAAGUUGCCGCACACAGUUCGUUUCCAAAUUGCUUUCAAGAAUUCUGGAACUGGAAAAGCUCCACCAAAUUGAAGAAGCCGAUUAUUAUUUGGUGCUAGAAAAACUAAGUCCGAUACUGAGCUUCGACGAAGACCCAAAACAAAAGACCGCAAAGAGGCAUUUUUGUGAUUUCUUCACGGAACUUCUUGCGAAGGCAACGUUCAAUGAAAAGGAAAGCAACGGGUCAGCAUUGAAUGAAACGAAAACAUGCUGCUCUGUGCUCAUGGCCAACCAGAGACUAUUCUCAAAAUAUGCAGGAGAUGAGAAUUUGUCUGUUAUCGUUGCGUCUUUAUUUCAGUGCAUGGCUCUUCCCGACGCCUCUCUACCGAGUUUAGCUCUGAACUGCCUUCGGAUUCAGCUCAUGAGUGAUCUUGAUGUACGACCUACGAUUGCGUGCUUAUCCUCAAACAGCAGCCAGAGGGCCAGAUUAGUGGACUAUUUUGAGAAGUUUCUAUCACUGAAUGACGAGGAGAUCAGGGAUAUUUGGGAAAAUGAUUUUAAUCUUCGCAACACGAUCAACGCGAAAUAUGAGAGUUAUAUUUUGCAGAUUCGAAAACAGCAGGGAAAAGCAACAAUUAGGAAGACAAUGGACGAGCUGGCUUCGUCUCGGCUCUCAGAUAACAACGACAAAAUAGAGAAGCUUUAUUCCAAAGAGAUCAUGCUCUUGAGCAAGACAAUAGAACAAGCAGAAACUAAGAAAUUUAAUAGACACAUCCAAGACGACUUGGACGAUCUUAACUACUUUGUUUCUGUCUUUAACGACAUUAAAUCGCAGCUCCCAGUGGAAAAUUAUAAAUUCUCAACUGUUUUGGACUCAACUGAGGGCCCCGACCGAAUGCGCAAGCGGAUGAUUAAACAACUUUGCUUGACGGAUGAUGACAUCCCCACAGAGGAGAGCCCUGGGCUGGAAUACAAUGAGCUGGCUGAAGAAUAUGGGCUGCUGUCAGAACAGAUAGAUGUUGAUCUGGCACAGGAGGACAACAACCGCAAAAUUCUCCGGAGCUUGUAUGUUGGGGAUAAAAUAGUUGAGAUGCUCAAUGUGACGCAGAUCUUGGGCCUUGAGACAUUGGAAUCGAUUUUCAUUCUGGGGCAAUCUCAUAUAUACAUGAUUGGCAACUACUUUCUCACCUCAGAUAAGAAAGUUGUGGACUUAAGAGAUGCUCCUCCAAAUGAAAGAGACUCGUACGUUCAGCUUAUCACGGGUAACAAUUCGAGAGUCCCAUCAUCGCAACAUCAGACUAAGACGUGGGAGCUGGCAAAGUUUGCUUCCAUCAGCAAACGCACGUUCCUUCUGCGAGACGUGGCUUUGGAAUUGUUUUUCAUCGAUGGCUCUAAUUUUCUAAUUACCUGCUCGUCUAAGGAAACAAGAGAUGGGCUUUUCAACAUAUUGUCCACUAAGGUGUCGGCCAAGUAUCCUGACACGAUUCUAGAAGACGCCCUCACCUUGGCAUCCUCAUCCUCGUUAACGAUUGGUGCCAAGCUAGUCAGUGCAAUUACCUCUGUGGCUUCGGCGACGACACUCAGCUCGUUGACAAAGAAAUGGCAAAAGGGCGAAAUAUCGAACUUCUAUUAUUUGAUUCUAGUGAACACGCUUGCGGGUCGCACCUUCAACGAUCUGACCCAAUAUCCUAUUUUUCCAUUUGUUAUUGCGGACUACGAAAACGAGGAGCUGGAUCUGACCAAUCCUGCCACUUUUAGAGAUCUCGGAAAGCCGAUGGGGGCGCAGACUGAGAAGAGAGCGGCACAAUUCCGAGAAAGAUACGAUGCCUCGGCUGAUAUGUCGCCCGACUCGCCGCCAUUUCAUUAUGGAACACAUUAUUCGUCCGCAAUGAUUGUCACAACUUAUCUUAUUCGCGUUAAGCCGUUUGUGCAAUCGUAUUUGUUACUUCAGGGAGGCAAGUUUGAUCAUGCUGACAGGACGUUUCACUCCAUGGUGAAGACCUGGUACAGUGCGUCCCGAGACCAUACCACAGAUGUCCGGGAACUAAUUCCCGAGUUUUAUUACCUCCCCGAUUUCUUGCUCAAUUCCAACAAUUUUGAGUUUGGGUAUUUACAAGAUGGCACCAAAGUUGGCGACGUGCGUCUUCCUCCUUGGGCCAAGAAUGAUCCUGUAAUAUUUGUGGAGAAAAUGAGACAGGCUCUGGAGAGCGACUAUGUUUCUGAGCAUCUGCACGAGUGGAUCGAUCUUGUGUUCGGGUUCAAGCAGCGGGGGAAGCACGCAGUAGACUCGUUGAACGUGUUUCAUCACCUGAGCUACCAGGGGUCCACGGACCUGGAUAAAAUCCAAGACGAGAGAGAAAGAAAUAUCAUAGUGAGCAUUAUACACAAUUUUGGGCAGACGCCAAUUCAGGUCUUCCACAAACCUCAUCCGCGGAAGCAAGUUCAAAUGAAGGUAAAUUUUGACCCCUCCAAACUGUUUGAGUUGCCACUAUCAAUUAUCAAUGUUCCUUUCAGCAUAGACACUAUAGAGUUUGACUCUGUCAAAAUGGAAUGGCAAGCUCGAGACCGUUUCAGCCGAGGUAGCCAACGUCUCAGAUUGCAGCUAGUCGGCCGCAACUCGGUGAUGGUCAAUAAUUUUAUUUUUGAAAACGUGAGCACCAGCAUGAUCUCAGCGUUUGGUGUUCUAAACUUUGAUGAGUUCGUGAUUGGUUUCGAAGAUGGGACUCUACAAAUAUACAGGCUAACAUCGAACAAGUUGGCAAGCAUGAAGAAUGCCCAGAAAAUAAAUGUGAGACAACCUGCAGAGACGAGCUGGGGACGAGGAGCUGAGGAGGUGAUCCAGCUUGGAGUUUUACGAGGACAUCGGUCCAAAGUGUGCCAGGUCAGAAUAAAUACUUUCUACUCAAUUCUCCUGAGCUACAGUGAGGAUGGAACAGUCAAGCUGUGGGACCUUCUACAACGAAAGCUUAUGCGAGACGUCUCCGAGGAUGGCAAGCUUAUUGAAAUAUCUAACCGGCAUGCUCUUAUCGCCGUAGUGGAUAGAAAGAACACUCUGAGACUUGAGACGAUCAAUGGAUUGUUGCUGCUGGAGCAGCCUCUGCAGGAAGAAUGUCUAUCCAUCACCUUUGGUGAGGCAAAUCUCAACCACUUUACAAACAUCGAACACCAUGACUGGACGCACCAUUCCAUUUUGGCUCUAGGUUUCCGGGGUAAAAUAAAACUAGCGGAAUUGACAUUGGACCGAGGUUGGAGCAUCAAGAUUUUACGCGAACUAAACAUGUUUGGAGAUUUGGAGAUCACUAGCCUCAAACUCAAGCUGAAUGUGGAGCUCAACGGUGAAGGCCAAGUCACUGGACGCGGAGAGCUGGCAGCAGCCAGCAGAGAUAAAAUAAUGAUUUGGUGUUGA